ACAAGUCAAGUUGAGGAUCACGCUUAUUGGCUGCUGGGAAUUCUCGACGUCCGUGUGCCACAGCUGUAUAGAGAAGGCGCCCAGGGGUUCAUUUGGCGUCAACAUGGCAUCUCAUACCGGUUGACUGCAAUUGUCCACGAAAUCUCAUGA